GGACGGAUUCGCGUAGGACAGCUAGUAUUUAAUAAUAUAAAUCUGACAAUCCUUUUGAAGCGUAUAAGAACAAUCCUUUCGACUCAAACACGCGUGCGCCACGCACCCCACAAACAUGUUUACACACAUUCAUCAUUAAACUUUGUGAUGGAAUCGUUUAAUUUGUUUGUUCCAAUUUUAUAUUAUCUAUUACAUAUUAAUAUUGAAAAGAAAUGUCAUAUUUCGUAAACAUAAUAUAUUUUCUUUGCUGAUAACUACAAUCCAAUUUGUAAACUGUUUGUCUGUAUGUUCUCAAGGCAGUUUGAUUUGGGUAAUCUAAUUUUGACGUUUGUCGGGAAAGUAAAAUACAUGAAGGCCAUAUAAUAAUAGUCUACUUUUGUAAUUAAUUUUAAAUCAUUUUAAUUCUGCGCUGAAGAAAUCAAGGGCAUCUAUUUAUAACAUUACUAGCACUCGCCCUCGUCGACUGUCGAAUCGGUCGCAAUUAAAAUAAAAACUUAAAUAGUAGCCCAUAGGUUGGAAACCUAUGUUCUACAUCUGUGCCACAUUUCAGCGAGAUCUGUAAACUGGAGAUACCUAGUAACAAACACCAUCCAUCAGGGCAUUCGUAAGAUUUAAGGAGUACAACAAAAUCUGUCUUUUGGUCAUAACAAAGAUGGGUAAAUUUUGAAAUAUUAAACAAUUUGUUAUUGUUUUUAACAUUUGAAUAACAACAUCCUGGUACGUUGAACUUAACAUUUCUAGUUGCGAAAUGAUAAAUUUAACUCGUCGCGUUUGUAGUGGGAUAUUUUAGUAAAGUAUUAUCUCCGGAUGAUACGAGACCGUGUGACAUUUUUAUUACUCUACUCGUGCGCAGUCCGACAAAACACAUUCACAUCUUAAGAGAAAAAUGUCAUUAUAUCGUUCAUGUGACAAUGGUUUACAAAGAAUUUCUAGUAUUAGUCGUACUAAUUGAUUUAACGUUUGCGGUGAGAAUUAAUUUUACCAGUUGCCAACAAUCUGAGUGGAUCUGUGCUAAUAAUAUACAAAGUGAUAUUGUUUAUAAUUGUGCCGGCGUUAGAGCUAACGAAUUUAUUAUACAUUUAAAAGAUUUUUAUACUGAUAAUACAAGAACGAACGAACUGACGAUACAGAAUUGUAAAGACUUAAAAAUAAUAAUCGAUUGCCCUAUUUUACAAAGACCUUCGAAGUUACAGUCUUUUAAAAUAAAAAAUUGUGAUCGCCUUGAAUUUGCAACGUUAACAUCGAAUUCCGCAGUACAAACUCCUUCCGAUAUAACUUUGGAGAAUGUAAAAGAAAUUAUAAAUAUACCAAAGAAAUUCUUUAAAUCGCCCACCAAUGCAUUGGAAUUAAAAUGCUUAGGAUCAACUUCGUUGAAGAAAAUCCGCGUCGCUAAUAGUAAAAUAUUGUCUAUAAAUAGUAAAGCCAUUUAUAAUGUUAGCGGAGCGAGGAGUGUUGAAUUUGAUAAUGUAACAAUUACAAAUAUUCAAACACAAGCGAUAGAAAUUAUCGGCGUUGAUAAUAUGGCUUUUAUAAUGAACAAUUGUACCAUUGAAAAUUUAGAAUCGAAAGGAAUAACAAUACAAAGUAGAAAUACAAUAAUAUCUAAUAAUAUUUUCAACGAUAUUGUUGCAAAUAGUAUUAAUAUAACUUCAGAAAUAUUAAACGUUAAUAAAAAUAAUAUCAAGGAGAUACGAGCUAAUGGACUGAUGUUUAACGCAGUUAAGACAGAUUUUACGGAUAAUUAUAUAAAAGUACUUAAAACUAACGCUUUGGCAAAUGUUAAAUGCUUGAGAAGACGGGUGAACAGAAAACAUUUUAAAUUUAUUAGAAAUAGAAUUGAAAAUGUUGAACCUUACGCUUUAAAUUUCGAUUACCAAAGCUGUAAAACUACUGGAUCAACAGUUAUAUAUCAAGAUAAUAAAUUAGAUUGUAAAUGUCGAAAUGUUGCAUACUUAGCUUCGACAACAAGAAACGAAUUGCACGGUAUUGUUUUGAAUGUAACAAACUCUAAUACUUGUAUAUCUGCUCCUUGUUCAUUGCCUGUCGAAGUUAUAAAAUUAUUAUUGGAAAGUGCAAUGUGUCAAAUAAAUCUAGACGCUCAAGUUAUGUGUUUAUUAUAUAACGAUAGACAUACAACUAAUUAUGACAUAACAACAGAUGAAGAUGUAACGGAACCGGCACCGACUUUUUAUUUAAUCAGACAAGCUAACGCGCCUAAAGGUGACGCGAGUGCAGCCAUGACAGCCAUAGAUAAAGAUAAUCUUUUAAAAGACAGUCAUCUUAAUAUGACGAAUAGAACGACAAUCAAAGUUGUAUUUGAUUCAUCAAGAGAUUUUGUUGAAACAUUAAGGAGCACAAAAACUAGUUAUAACAAACCGGAAGCUCAGAAACCUCAAGCAAAAGAUGAAUAUGUAAGCCAUUGUACUGGGGUUCAUUGUAGGAACACAGUCGCCUACAAUAAACAGAAAGCUUUAGAGUUUUAUAAAUAUGUUUACGCUCAGUUGCGGCCGCCAAAACAAUUAGAUAAUAAGAAAAAGAAAACAUGAUUUUUUUUGUAUUGUUUACGAAUAAAUUUGUUAUCUGUUUA